GGCAAAGUUCUAUUCUCACCGUAGAUUUCACUAUCAUCUGGUAUUGGGAAGAGUGCUGGCUCAAGUGUUCUAUCCGGCGAUAAGUGUGGAGUGUGCUUGUUUUUUUCGGAAGCAGCGUUCGAACAGUACUAAACCAAAAUGAAAAUUGAAUUACUAUUACUAACGGCGUGUCUGGCCAUCGCACUAGCAGCACCACAGCGAACAGAGGCUGAAGCCGAAAUCGUCUCUCAAGAUAGCAACAUUGAUCCAGAUGGUUCUUAUCAGUACAGCUACGAAACGGCCAACGGAAUUCGCGGUCAGGAGCAGGGAACUCUCAAACGUGCCAGCAGUCCGGACACCAGCGAUGUCAUUAUAGCGCAGGGUUCAAUCACCUACACCGCCCCAGAUGGACAAGUGAUCACGCUGAACUACUCUGCCGACGAUGAGGGUGGAUUCCAACCGCAGGGAGAUCAUCUGCCAACUCCACCACCGAUCCCUCCGCAGAUUCAGAAGGCCUUGGACUAUCUGGCCAGUCUACCACCGGUGACUCGACGGCGUUAAAACUUUCACUCUGACUGCCGGAUGACAACUACUAGUGCUGCUGAUGUUGCUGGAGGAUUUCCACCGGAAAGUGCAGCACGCGACCAAUACUCAAUUUGAUAAGUCUCUUAUGUUACGUUUGUUUCCGUUGUGAAAUGUGCAAAGGGAUAAGGGCAGCCCAUGUAGCGCCUUUAUUUCGAUAGCUUUAUUUUUGUACAUUUGCUUAAGGCAUAGAUCUAGUGCCGUUGAAGUUGAUUAGAGAAAAAUGGAAUUUCGUGUUCAAGUGCUUCUACCAUCCAUCGAGUUUAUCAAUUGUUUGAAGCAAGAGUACCUACUGCUAUGUUAACAAAGUUCAAAGGCGUUAAUAAAAUCGCAUGUGAAAAACA